GCAGCAGUUCUAAUCAAAACAAAAGGGCUUUACUGACACGCACAUACACACCCAAAGCAAAACUGUCGAGAAAGAGGAAAGUUUCCUUGGGCCGUCAACGCAAGUCUCCCCAGUCAACGUGAAGGGCGGCGCAGCGGCGAAGGAGCAUUCAUUAUUUUUUUAAAUAUUUUUACUGUGUGCUUGGCUAUAGACGGCGCCGAACAUGACGUCGCCUAUCACAAAGGACGCCUCAGCAGCGCAGAAGCCGCCGGCGCCGGUUGUUCGCCGAGGCCGCGGCACCUUCAAGCAUCAACUACACACUGAAGAGCUCGAGCGGCAGAGCGCGGCUGCCGACGGACGUGCAGAAGAAGCCAGCACCAUCAUCACCGCGGCGACCACGACGGUCGUGCUGCCCUCCUCCUCGCUCGGGCCCAAAGCAACGCGACCCGUCACUGAGGAGGAAGAACUCGUAGCCCAGUAUGCACACCUCAAAAAAGGCAAGGAUAUUCCCCUCGAUGCCGUCCCUGUCAUGCCGGCGGCCGGCGCCAGCAGUAUCUUGGCUCCCGCCAGUGACACCAAAACAACUCGGGAGCGGAUGAUUGCGGCGGCCAUCGCGGCAGCCGAAGCCCGCGCCAACGCCCCGCGCACGCAGUUCGGCCUCUUCGAGAACAACACCAACGACACGGCGCGGCAGCUGCUCUUCCGUAACGAGAAGCGUCGCCGCUACUGCGUUAUUAUUGGCGACCUGCAGAGCCAAACACGUCAGGUGACGCUGAAGCUGUUCGGCCACAAAGGGGAGAAGCCGUUCAAGCUGCAGAAUAAACUCAUCCGUUUGGUGAACUUGUCGAUCGGGAAGCCGCGCCGUGGCACCGCGCAAGACCUCGCCGCGCGUGCGGAGCGAGAAGCGGAAGAAGAAGAGGAGGAGGCAGGGGAAGAGACGCGGAAGGAGGACGAAGACGAAGACGUUGUGUUGGACGCGGCGGCCCCAGACGGUACACCGGCGCUGGAGGAGAUGCAGGAGAGCGGUGGGAUGCAAGCGAGUGCCGCAACAGACACAAUGGCGACCGCCACCGUGGCGGAGGAGUCGAUGCGGCAGCGGGUCCUGCAGCGCGAAACGCACGCCGCCGCAGGCUUCGAUGUUGACGAGGCAGUGCAGGACCCCCAUCUCGCCGUCGCGCGUGAUGAAGCGAUGGAGAAAGUGCGGCUGGCUGCUGACACGGCCGCCGCUGCCGCAGAUGCAGUACCGCUGCCGGAGAGCGACAGCGACACUUCAGCCGAAGAGGCCGAGCCGCCAAGCACCGCAGCGGCGGCGUCGAUGACUGCCGCUGCUCUCCCUGCCGCUCCCCCACCGGUGUUACCCGCAUAUGUGCCGAAGAGCGACGCCGCUUCCUCUGCGACGCACGCCGAUCCUGCGUCUACCGGCGUUACCGCCGCAGCCCCGCUACCACCCCAGGCCAUCAACACGAAAAAGGUGCGCAUCGCACACCACCUCCCGAAAGGGGCGGCCGAGGUGGAAGGCGAGAACGUGGACCACUAUUUGGACGAGGACGAGGUGGUGCCACUCACGGUGCAGCAGGCCGGGACAUCGACAAGCGUCAUGUAUGAGAACAGCAUCGCGAACAGCCCGGUGCUGACGGCGCGACGCUUCUCCGCCCUGCACGACUACUUCCUGCGCGAGUUUCGCCUCCUCCUCAACCUGGAAGACGUACGCACGCAGAACGUGUCGGUGAAGAUCAACCUCGGCGCCGCGUACUGCUGUCUCGCCCGGCAAGGCUCGUACUCCACCCCGCUCAAGCACGCCACGUUUGGUGAAUUUGUGGAGCGCAUGAACACCGAGUCGAUGCAGCUUUACUUUAUUCGCGACUGCCCUGCCUGCGUGUCGCGUGCGGUCGACAUGGAGAGCGGCUCCCUCAACUUCCCAGCCAGCACGACCACCGUCAAGAUCAACUUCUUCUCCAACGAGCGGCAGAGCCGCUCCAUCGCACGCGCGGUAUGGGACAGCGACGAGGACCAGUUCCGUUUGCUGGAUGUCGAGAACAUCGGCGUCACCUUUAACUGGUCGGUCUUCUCGUUGGAUGAGACCUUCGUGCGGCGGAAGCGCGAGCUAAUGGGGGAGGCGGCAGCGGCAGCAGCAACAACAAUGGGCGGCGACAGCAACAGCAGCUUCGGCCCGAGCGCGGUGGGGCCUCCGUCAGCGAACGCAAGUUACCGAACGGCAGCAGCGAAGGUGCCGCCGCCGCCGGUUUAUCGCUCCCCCGCUGCCGGGGCCGCCGCGCGAGCUCGCAUCGGACCAGCCCCGGUGGGCAUUGGCAUGGACCUCGCGGCACCGGUACACCGCAACGACGACGACGACUCGGGUGCCCUGGCAGCCGCAGGGAGACCCGCUUCUGUCAGCAACGGAGGGGGUGUCGAGCACGCAACGGCAGCGACGGCACCGGCAGACUCGGAUGCUCCGUCCCUCCACAUGUCCUCCACCGCUGCGGCUGUGGCUGAGGAUGACGACGACGAGGAUGACUUGGCACGCAACAAGACCGUGGCCUACCCAUUCGAGGUUGAAUUUCGCGCCUUCCGGCGGUGGAAGCAGCAGGGCGACAACCCGGCCGCUCCGCUCGCCAAGGCCAUUCUCGAGGAGCUCUCGCUGGCCGAGCACAACUAUCUCAGCCACGGCUCCAGUGUUGCGUACGAGAGAAUGGAUCUCACGAACGUGUGCGAGGUGGACUACGCCGCGGACGACUUGAACGUGGAAAGCAUCGUGGUGGAGCACACCUCGCGUGUGAAGCCGGAGGGGACGGAUCUGUUUGUGGACAACACCACCUCUCUGUACAUUGAGAACUUCGCCGCAGCACGUCAGCUGAAGGAUAAGGUGCGCGCCUACGGUCCAGUGAAGACGGCCGCGAUGCAGAACCCGAAUAACAACAAUAAAAUGCACGCGAUUUGCGCGGAGCGGCGUGCCGAGGGCCACGGCGGCAGCCGCGACGGUCUUCGCCUGACGCCGGAGGAGAUGCGGGAGGUGCUGAUGCCGAUUUCAAAGCUGACCUUCUUCCGCUCGCGCGGCUCCACGAUUCAUUGGAAGCUGCGGCCGAAUUGCAGUUUGGAGGAGAACAUCGCCCCGAUGACGGAGGCGCUGUCCUUCCUGCAGCAGGUGUUGCACACGGCGAACGAUAUUGAGCGGACGUCUGCGCGGGGUGGGGCGGCGCCCAACGCGCUGUAG